AUGGCCUGGUCUGGUGUUUCGUUGCACAAUUAUUACGUGACACCCAUAUGUACGCCGUCUAGAGCUGCUCUGAUGACCGGGAAAUAUCCGAUACAUACUGGUAUGCAACACACUGUAAUUUUCGCUGCUGAACCUCGAGGGCUUCCGCUUAAUGAGAAAAUUUUACCACAAUAUUUAAAAGAGCUGGAUUAUAAAACACAUCUAGUUGGCAAGUGGCAUCUCGGAUCAUACAAAAAGGAAUACUUGCCUUUAAAUAGGGGAUUCGACAGUCAUCUUGGAUUUUGGAACGGAAAAAUAGACAUGUACGACCACACGAACCAGGAAAGAGGAUAUUGGGGCUUUGAUUUUAGACGAGACUUCUCCACGGCCCACGACCUGUUCGGUCAGUACGCCACAGAUGUCUACACUAACGAAGCUGUCAAGAUAAUAAAAACCCACAACACGAGUUCCCCGUUGUUCCUGAUGGUGUCUCACUCCGCGGUCCACACCGGGAACCCGUCUGAGCCGAUUCGGGCUCCGGAACCAUUAUUCGAUAACUUCACACAUAUACAGGACUUUCAGCGGAGAAAAUUUGCGGCCAUGCUCACGAAACUGGACGAGUCGGUGGGAGAAGUGGUCGCCGCGUUGAAAGCAAAGGGUAUAUUGGAUAACAGUAUCGUGAUAUUCACGACAGACAACGGCGGCGCCGCGGCUGGGUUCAACGAUAACGCCGCUUCUAACUAUCCUCUCAGAGGUGUAAAAAAUACUCUAUGGGAAGGAGGAGUGCGUGGGGCUGGCUGGCUGUGGAGUCCAUUCAUAGACAAGAGAUCCCGAGUCGCUACACAGAGGAUGCAUCUAGUGGACUGGCUGCCGACUUUACUAAGUGCGGCCGGCAUGAAUGUUAGUUCGAUUAAAAAUAUAGAUGGCGUUGAUCAGUGGUGUGCGCUGUCCCAGGACCGUCAAUCCGCCAGAGACUUCCUAGUCCAUAAUAUAGACGAUGAGUACGGCAGCGCUUCCAUCACAUACAAACAGUGGAAGGUACAUAAAGGUACUAACUACGGCGGAUCGUGGGACGGCUGGUACGGUCCGUCGGGACGCGAGGGAGUUUACGACACUAUGAGGUUACUACAGAGUAAGGCGGCCGGCGUUUUACUAGGCAUGGGAAUGUUACCGGAUACGGAACAUAUACUGAGACUUAGAUCUGAAGCUACCGUUGAGUGUGGUCACCACGAGCCGAUUCCGUGUAGGCCGCUAGAGACGCCGUGCCUCUUUAACAUCGACGAAGACCCGUGUGAAACAAGGAAUCUUGCUGAUAUACAUCCAGACGUCUUACAACUCAUGUUAAAGGAGCUAGACAGAGUGAAUAAAACCGCGGUCCCUCCGAACAACCAGCCCCUGAGCCCUCGAGGUGACCCCAAGUAUUGGGGCUACGUGAUGACAAACUUCGGUGAUUAUAGUAAUAAUGAAAUACAAUAG